AUGACAAUGACAGCUCUGACCUGUCACUGAAACUGAAAAUAUUCGUUUGACAUCGUCUGUUUACAUUGUUUCAAACCUGUUGGUUGACUCAUUUGUCGUUAUAGGCACUCACUGACAGACAUUUCGUAGCCUAGAUUGAAAAAGUCAGAUAUCAGAACGUGCGAGAUCUUGCCUUGUUUGGAAUAAAGACGCUGAUUUUGUGCUCUACUGCCGCUCAAUAGCUAAACACUCACAGAGCGAGGCGCAUCGCACUAAAUGUGAGUUACACCCCAGUGAUCGGUGCACUAAGACGAAGUAAAGCUCGUGUAAUCAAAGUGAUCAGAGUACUAAUACGUGAACUUACUUACUUAAGCCGAGUUAUGUUUGAAGUGUGGUGACCCGAGGUGUUCACUUAUUGUGCCGCAGUAAAGAAGCGCUUAAUCAUCAUUGCUGUCGAAUGGACUCGCCUCGUCAAGGCUGACACGUGGUGGAUUCAUGUAGCACAGUAGUCCCAUGUUUCUCGGUAGGCUCGACGAAGCUCAGCAGUAAAAGGAUUGGGAUCCCUUCUGUUCAUGGCACAAUGGCAAAGUCAGUGCAGGAUCAGUUUGACGAGUCCGACUGUGUCUGCUCCUUCGGGAUGAAGCUCACCUGGGACAUCAAUGACCCCAAACUACCACAGGACGUAAAGCAGUUCGACGGCUUCCAGGAGUGGACCGACGGCUACGUGCGCUACAUCUACAGCGGCGACGAUAAAAAUGCCCAGAGACACCUGAGCGGAUGGGCCAUGAGAAACACGAAUAACCAUAACUGCCAGAUCCUGAAGAAGUCUUGCCUGGGGGUCGUAGUGUGUGGGAGGAACUGCACACUACCUGACGGCAGUAAACUACAGCUGAGACCGGCCAUUUGCGACAAGGCGCGACAGAAACAGCAAAAAAAGCUCUGUCCCAGUUGCAACUCAUCUUUGGAACUUGUCCCUUGCCGAGGACACAGCGGAUAUCCCGUUACAAAUUUCUGGAGACUGGAUGGCAAAGCAAUAUUUUUCCAGGCUAAAGGUGUUCAUGACCAUCCAAGACCAGAAAGUAAAUCUGAAACAGAGGCAAGAAGAAGUGCAGUAAAAAGAAGAAUGUCAUCCCCUCACUUCCCCCAGAAGAAAAGAGCAAUGGAGUCUGAGGCCGCUAGAUAUCACGACAGCUUCUCCAACAUUCAUCACUUAUCUUGUCUGGAGGGACCUGACAGAUUCCGUAUCAUUGCAGAAACCAACUUCCCAAUCCAGCCUCAGCACUACCCUUCUUUCCAGAACACUGAGCCCUAUAAGCUCCCGUAUGACUCUUCUUCCAGUGUUGCAGACGCACCUUCCCAGCUCCAGAAGGCUUCGAGCCACCGCCUCUACAUGGCCCAGACACCCUGUGGCUAUGAAUUUACGGUCCCCGGCUACAUCGGCUCCAGUCCUUACCAGGCUCUCUAUAAGGACUCCACUAAUCAGCAAACUGAAGCAGAUCCUGGAAAAGUGUGCAUGCAGCUCAAUGGACCCCAACACAGUGUUAGUCCUCUGAAUGUCCAUGAACGGAAUUAUGAUGUUCCAAAUAAGCAUCAUAGCUGGAAGCAACUAUUUGGAAAAGGAUCUUACAGUGAAAGAGGAGACUAUGGACAGAUCUCAGGCAAUGGUAAUCACCACUACUAUGAUGGAGAAUAUCCCUGUAGAUAUAAUGGCCCAAAUACAGCGCCCACUCCAGCUUUACAAACCAUAAUCACGACAACCACUAAGGUCUCCUAUCAGCCUUGCAAACCUUCCGUGGUGAAGUACAAUGACAACCUCUAUGACGUCAAAGGUGCUCAGAAUUGUAACUCUCUGAUGGAAAAUGGCUCUGGUAACGUGUAUCAAGAAAUUAAAAUCCCCGAAGACACCGGGGUGAUAAAAUCGGCACUCAACUAUCAGCAAGAAUCUCUGCCAGCGAAGUCCGAACGAGGAGAGAGUCUAGAUAGUUACAGAUACGGGACUUUCACUUCCGGCGGCUACCCCGAGCGCUUAUCGCAGUCAUUUAGAUACGACAAUGGGGAAUAUUAAAUGAAGGAAGAAGGGACUGGUGGAAAAAAAAAAUAAAGACACUGUAAAUUAUAAGGGAAUGGCGGGACUUCAUCGAGGACAUCUGAGAGACGGGAUCUCUUUUUUUGAUUACCUGCUAUAAAGACGAGCAGCAUCGCUAUAGCCGGAGAAGAAGUGUAAAAAGUUAUUAUUUAUGUGCCAUGCAAAUCGCGCUCCUUUUUAAACAAGGCAAACAUGUCAGUGUAAAGAAUUAUUAAUGUGUAAAAUAUGUUCAUUACUGUAGAAUGUAGUAGAGAAAUAAAUAUGAUAUCCCAUUUUAGCAACAA